AUGUCUUCUCCCAUCACCAGCGUCCCGGACCCAUCCGAAUCAUCCGCGUUGGCAUCCAUCAUCACACAAGUUCAACCCGGACAAGUACCCGUGGUCGCUCGAGCUGCUCGACCCGCCCAACUCGCGUCGAAAACUGCUGUCGAUGCUUCUGCAAAGAAAAAGAAGAAGAAAAAGAAGAAAAAGGGCGCUGCGGCAGCUACCACUGCACAAGUAGAACAAGCUGCCCAUCUCAGGUCGCAGGAUCAAGCCGUCGCCGCGGCAGCACGCCUCGGUUCCGAAGCCGCACACUCACAAGCUCGCGCCAACUCGAGCGUCGCCACCUCAGCACCCGCUCCCGCCAUUUCGUCGGCUGUCGUCGCAUCUUCAACAGACACGCAAGAAGAUUCGGAAACGCACCAUUCACACCAAGCUUCCUCUACCUUGAUCGGCACUUCCACCGCCGGAAACACACUCACACACGCUAGCGUGCUUCCUGCGUCCGAUGCGACCCACUCAUCCGCAGCUGCAGAACAGCAAGAGGUUACCCAAGCCUCUCGUGUACCAACGGCCGCCGAAAGCAGCGAGAAAACUGUCGAGAAGCACGGCCUGAUCGAUGUACCUCGACGCACACAUGCAUCCAGCCUGCCAGCGGCGCCAUCACCCGUCGGCGUUGCAAACGCGAAUACUUCCACAGCCAAGACCGCCAAACCGGCAGCCAACACAGCAAACGCAGCAAACGCCGCACCGGCCUCGUCACCCUCUACCAAAUCCACUUUGACGUCGAGAGCGGCGACAAAGACAUCCAAGUCAAGCAAGCCAAGCUUCGCACAGCGAUUCGUCGCAUUCCUCACCUGUUCCUCUGCGACCUCUGCUGCAGUGCAACACGAAGAGAUGCAGGAAAAGAGCCGUGCAAGCAGCACGCGGAACGCUGCAACUGCGGCGGGUACAAUCAAACCUGGCGUCAUACCUGGACGAACAGCCAACUCGAACGAGAAAUGUGCAGCGAAACCUGCCGGUGCGGACUACCCAACCACCGCGGGUGGAGGCACCAAGUUGCCGCGCGCAGAGACGGGUGAUGUCAUGUCCGGCGCGGUGGUGCCUCCCGGUGCGUCGUUCGUUACCGCCGACGAAGCACGCAAGUCUCGAGCCUCGAGUGUCAACGGUGGCGCGAAUCGAUCUUCGCUAUCCGCCUCGUCUGACCAAGACCAAGAUGAGGAUGAUUCCGACGACAACGAGGACGAGGACGAUGACGAUGACGACGAGAUGGAUCUGGACGACGAAGAUUACCUGACCGACGAUCAGACGGAAGAGCAGCGGUUGAUCAUGCAAGGCGGCAUGGGAAUCCCGUUGGACGAGUUCGGACAAGCGUGUCCUCUGUUGCCCAGCAUCGGCGCGCUCGACACGGGACGCAAAUGUCUCGUUCUUGAUCUGGACGAGACGCUGGUGCAUUCGAGCUUCAAGAUGAUUCAAAAUGCAGACUUUAUUGUGCCAGUCGAGAUCGACGGUACGGUGCACAAUGUGUAUGUGAUCAAGCGACCUGGAGUAGACGAAUUCAUGCGUCAGAUGGGCCUGAUCUAUGAAGUGGUCGUCUUCACCGCUUCGCUCUCCAAGUAUGCGGAUCCUGUGCUGGAUAUGUUGGACAUUCACCAUGCUGUUCGACAUAGGUUGUUUAGGGAGAGCUGUUACAACCACAAGGGCAACUAUGUGAAGGAUCUAAGUCAACUAGGAAGGCGCAUUGGCGAGACGAUCAUCAUCGACAAUUCACCUGCCAGCUACAUCUUCCAUCCGAACAACGCGGUGCCUAUCAGCAGCUGGUUCAACGACCCUCAUGACACCGAACUGACCGACCUGUGUCCGUUCCUCGCCGACCUCGCGCAUGUCGACGACGUCCGCGCCGUCCUAGACGGCGCUCUCUAG